AUGUCUCUCCCACCAUCCUCAGACCCAGACUCACUCCAAAUGAAAACCCCAUUAACACUCGUCGUCGCCACAACACCCAUCACUCGACCACCAGGAUCGUCCAAAAAACCAAUCCUCGGUAUAGGAUUAAAUGGGACCUUACCAUGGCCCAGGAUAAAAUCUGAUAUGAACUUUUUUGCGCGCGUUACUUCGCGUCCUCCCUCAUCUGGAGAUGGUAGUGGUAGCGGUAACGGGAAAGAGAAGAUAAAUGCAAUAAUAAUGGGUCGAAAGACGUAUUAUUCCCUCCCGAAAGGACUUCGACCGCUCAAAGAUCGCUUGAAUGUCAUCAUCUCAAGGGACGAGCAUGGAACCGUGUCAACAGAAAUACAUCAGGAUCUAACACGACAAAAAGAGAAAUCCCGCACCGACGGCAAGGAAGAUAAACGAGAUGCCUUUGUCGCACACAGUUUCGACUCUGCGCUAACCCAACUUUUCGAUAAGCACCGUCGGCAGGAUUUGGGGUAUGUGUAUGUCAUUGGUGGUGGGGAGAUAUAUAAAUCUUCUUUGGAGUUGGAGGUAUCGUUGUCUUCAAAGAUUGUGCAGAGGAUUUUGAUGACGAGGAUUAAGAGGAGGGAUGGUGAGAAGUAUGAGUGUGAUACUUUCUUCCCGCUUACGGAUGAGGAUCUAUCUACUUCGACGGGUGGUGAAAAGGGGUGGAGACGGGUGGGUGUUGAGGAGGUUGAGGGGUGGGUUGGGGAGAGUGUUAAGGAGGAUUGGACUGAGGAAGGGGAGGUUGCGUUCAAGAUUGAAGGUUAUGCAGACAUCUAUAUACUAUUUGAUGCAUCGAAACAAAACGCCAUGGCUCGUAUGCGGACGUAA